UACAAUUGAUCAAUGAAGUCCGAAAUACAUAGUGUAUAUUUUAAGUUUUCCUAAGUCCAUUUUCACAUCACACCAAACUCCUAAAUUUUUACCCUUUUUUCCUUUGAAAAAAUUAUUCCUAUUCAAGAUUUGAUUUCAUCAGAAUUAAGAAGAAGCAAAUUCUGGUUAAGGCCCCAAAAGAGUCUUUCCUAAUUUAUAUGCUUCCAUUGAAUCUCCGAAAAUUCCUAAUUUCUCCGAGGUUCCUGCAUCGAUUAAUGGCCACCAACUGUGGAAAGAAGUUUAUCCGAAUUGAUAUCAGUUCGGAUACUGUGUGCCCCUGGUGCUUUGUGGGGAAAAAGAACCUUGAUAAAGCUAUAGCGUUAACCAGUGAUCAGUAUGAUUUUGAGAUUAAGUGGCAUCCAUUUCUUCUCAACCCUUCUGCACCUAAAGAAGGGAUUAACAAGAAAGAUUACUACAGAAAUAAGUUUGGAUCUCGCUCUGAACAAAUGAUGUCAAGAAUGUCGGAGGUUUUUAAGGGCCUUGGGAUGGAAUACAACAUGUCAGGACUUACGGGAAGUAGUCUGGACAGCCACAGGCUACUAUAUUUCGCAGGACAGCAGGGGCUUGACAAGCAAAAUAAUCUUGCUGAGGAGCUUUUUCUCGGCUAUUUCACACAGGGAAGGUAUAUAGGUGACAGAGAAUUUCUUAUUGAAGCUGCAAGAAAGGUUGGUGUGGAAGGAGCAGCUGACUUCCUUGAAGAUCCCAAUAAUGGGCUAAAGGAGGUGAAUGAAGAGCUUCAGCAACACUCAUCAAAUAUAUCAGGCGUCCCACAUUUUGUGCUAAAUGGCAAGUACCAGUUGAGCGGUGGCCAACCUCCAGAGAGUUUCAUCCAAGCUUUUCAAGCUGCUUCAAAUGUCACAGCAUAGUUCAUCUCCAACUUCAUCUAAGAGUCUUUCUACCUAUUUUGAAGUUGUAUGCCCACUGGAUAGAUACCGGUGACUCUUCUUAAAGUGAAAUAUUCGAUCAGUAUUAUAUAUGCCUGUACUCUAGUUUAAGUAAAUAUUGUGGAUGAUUUCCCAAUGGAUGUGAAAAGAUGACAUAAUAAUAAAAUCCACCUAGAAUAUUGACAGUAUGUGCUCGUGGCGACUUAAUUGUACUGCAGUAAUUACUUCUGUUUUAAUUUCCAUUGAAGGUUGAGAGAUUUAUGUGACAUAAUUGAAAUGAUAUUUGCAUCGUA